AUGUGUUUAUCUUUGAGCUACAGUAUGGAAGAGAUAAUUGAGUUAAUUCUAAUAGCCUGUGAUUAGGGGUGGGAAUUCUUGUUCUGCAAAGGCUAGGUUGGGUACAAGCUUUUGUAGUUGAAAGUUCUGAAUUGUGUAUCCUGUCCCUGGUCCCCAGCUGGCCGUAAGCAGUUUGCCCGUCAUGAGUGGGCCCAGAAGGCAGCCUACCUGCUGGGCUGCACCCUGGAGGAGCUCUCCUCUUCCAUCUUCAAGCACCAGGCCAAGGGGCCCAUACAGAGGUCCACCUCCUUCCGCGGGGGGCCCGACGAGGCCGGGGCAGGAGACAGCUCAGGUAAGGGACCUUCAGUGACCACCAGUCUCCAAUAUGAAGUUGAAUGAAAUAAAUAGAAUAGAAUGACAAACUAAAGGCUAUGCGUGUGCUUUUUAACUCACAACUCCUUUCUCUCUCUCGCUCUCUCACUCUCUCUCUCGCGCGCUCGCUCUCUCGCGCCCUCUUUCUCGCGCUCUCUCUCUCUCUCUCUCUCACUCUCUCAGGCUCUAAGAUCACAGCCCUGGAUUGUCUGGAGGCCAUGGCUUCAGGCCUGUACUCAGAGCUCUUCACCCUCGUUAUCUCCCUCGUCAACAGGUCUGUCAGCUCAUCUCUCUUUUCUCCUCUUUCUCAUAUUUCUUACUUUACCGUUAUUUAUCUACAGUAUCUCUUUCUUUCUAUUGCUCUGAUUUCCAUCAUUUUCUCCGUCUUUCUCUCCAUUUGCCUCUGUCUCUGUUUUUUUCUCUCACUCCCUCUCUUUCAGUACUCCCUCUCUCUGCUUUUGUACGUUUUGCUCUAACCCAUUCCUCUCUGUCUCUGUCUGUCUGUCUGUCUCUCUCUCUCUCUUUCUGUGUUCUGAUCCUUUGUAUUGUGUGUCAGAGCUCUGAAGUCCAGUCAGCACUCUCUGUGCUCUCUGCUCAUCGUGGACACACCGGGUUUCCAGAACCCUCGCAUGGCCAAGCGCCAGCGCGGUGCCACCUUCGAGGAGCUGUGCCACAACUACGCCCAGGAGCGCCUGCAGACCCUGUUCCACGAACGCACCUUUGUACAGGAGCUGGAGAGAUAUAAGGAGGUGCAGUGAUAUACAGUGCCUUGCAAAAGUAUUCAUACCCCUUGGCGUUUUUUCCUAUUUUGUUGCAUUACAACCUGUAAUUUAAAUUGAUUUUUAUUUGGAUUUCAUGUAAUGGACAUACACAAAAUAGUCCAAAUUGGUGAAGUGAAAUGAAAAAAAUUACUUGUUUCAAAAAAUUCAAAAAAAUCUAUAACGGAAAAGUGGUGCUUGCAU